AUGGAGACGCCGUGGCCGCGGCGUGGUGCUGGUGGAAAGCGAGCGCCUGGAGCGGUUCUUGCUGGGGGUGUGUUCUUCUGGAGUGCUGCCUGUGCCCAGAGCCCCGGAGCCCCAGAGCAGGUGCUGCCGUACCACUAUUGUGUACAGGGGAGCGGGCCAUUGGAGUUACAGGUAGCCAUCAUCUUUUGCAUUCCGAUCGUAGGAACCACUGACCAAAUUAAAAGUCCUCUGUUCAUCUUGCCUUCUGAUCCACUGACUGCACUACCAUUGAUCACCAUGGCCACCACACCAGAGGUAUUCUUCGGCAAGGGUCUCAUGGAGCAGCCACCACCAUCCCCACCUGUCUUCACCGACGACCUUCCCCAGGAGCCCAAUGGCAGCAGCGAGGGCCAGCAUCAUGUCCCUAAUGAGAUGAUGCUUUCUUACGUCUCACACGUGCUCCUGGAUGAUGAUAUUGACGAGCAGCUCAAUAAUCACCCUGCGCUACUCCAGGUGCAGCAGCCCUUUUCUCAGAUCCUGUCUUCCCCUUCCUCUGGCACUAACACUGGCAGCAGGGAGGGGUCCGACGAUUUCUUGCAUGAAGGCAAUGUUGAUGAAAGUGAGCUCAAUCCGGCUUUAUCCAAGGGCACAGAUGCUGUGGGGGCGUUUUUCAAGGGCAUGGAAGAGGCCAACGGGCUCUUGCCCAAAGACAACUUCAGAAGGGAUGAGCUGGUGAAUCAGACGGUCAGGGAAAGCAGCAGUCACAGCGGGGUGAAGAAGAGGCAUAGCAGGGAUGAUCAUCUACAAGUGGAGAUAAGAACCAGCAAAGCUAUGACAGUGAUCAAGGAGCCAGAGGAGAACUUGGCCAACGAGAUGCUUGAUGAAAUGAUGUUGUAUGGCUACAAGGAAUGCAUCAGGGACAUGGACAACCUCCAUGUCACCUGUGACAAUAAUGAAGUGGAAAAGAAAAACAGGAAUAGUGGUAGCAAGGAGACGAGGGACAACAAUGUGGUGGACAUACAGAGGUUGAUGAUCUCUUGUGCACAGGAGGUGGCGGUGAACAAUCACUUGAGGGCACGAGAGCUGCUGAAGCAGAUCAUGCAUCAUGCAUCAGAAACAGGGGACGCCACUCAAAGGCUGGCCCAAUGUUUCACCAAGGGGCUAGAGGCACGGCUCGUGGGCACGGGGAGCCUGCUUUGGGAGUUGCAAAUGGCAGAGCGACCGUCUGUUGUGGAGUUCAUCAAGGCCUUCAACCUUUACUAUGAAGCCUGCUGCUUCAACAAGGUGGCACUUGCUUUCUCCGAGAUGACCAUCAUGCAGGCCAUGGUGGGUAAGAGUAGGCUACACAUCGUUGAUUAUGGUAUGCGGUUUAGAUACCAAUGGGUAGGCUUGCUCCGCUCGUUGGCGAGUAGAGAAGGUGCCCUGCCAGAGGUGAAGAUCACUGCCAUAGGCCUCCCCAAGCCCAAAUCCUACCCAACCGAGAAGAUCGAGGAAAUAGGGUGCCGGCUCGGCAGAUGUGCCCAUGAGUUUGGUCUGCCUUCGUUCAAGUUCCACACUAUCAAGACAAACUGGGAGGACGCUUGCAUCGAGGACCUGAACAUAGAGGCUGAUGAGGUGCUUGUCGUGAAUGACCUCUUCAGUUUCAGCACCUUGAUGGACGAGUACAUAUCCUUUGAUGGCCUAAGCCCCAGGGAUAUCGUCCUCAACAACAUCAGCAAGAUGCGACCACAUGUGUUCAUCCAGAGCGUCUACAAUUGUUCGUAUGGUUCGUCCUUCCUGUCACGGUUUCGAGAGAUGCUGUUCUACUACAUGUCACUGUUUGACAUAUUUGAUGCAACCAUCCCAAGGGAGAGUAGAUCUCGAAUGGUGCUAGAGCAGAUCGUGCUUGGACGCUCUGCGGUGAAUGCCCUCAGCUGCGAAGGCGCGGACCUAGUGGAACGCCCUGAGAGGUACAGUCAAUGGCAGACGCGAAACCAACGGGCUGGCCUGAGGCAGCUACCACUGAGGACAAGCAUUGUAGAGGUAGUGAAAGAUAUGGUCAUGAAGCACCACCACAAGGACUUUCUGAUCUCCCAGGAUGGCCAAUGGCUUUUGCAAGGAUGGAGGGGGCGUGUCCACUUGGCUCACUCGACAUGGGUUGCAGCAGAUGCCUUUUCUAGAGUUUAG